GUGCACUGGGCUGCUCUUUCUGCUGAAGCGCAAGCUCUUCCAGGAUCCCCGGAGCUACAACAGCGGGUUGCGACUCGCCUCCGUGAGGAGACCAGUGCUCUCUUCCCGCCGUGCCCAUCCCCUGAUCACCGGGUCAGUGCUCAACCUACGCGUGUGCACCUUCCGCAACAUCUUUGCCAAGUGGCGUUUGGCUACCCAGUUCGCCCGAGCCUCACGCACACUGCGUCGGUGUAGCAAGGACCACAAACGGCAGUAUUACAUCGCUCAGGUGGAUGCAGCUGAAUCAGCAGCUGCCCAAGGCGACCAGCGCAGCCUGUACCUCAUUGUUCGUAGACUGUCGCCCCGCAAGCGUCAGAUAGCGGGCAGGCUGCGCAGCGAGGAUGGCAAGCUCCUCACUCGGGAAGAAGAACUUCAGGCCAUUGUUAAGUAUGGCAACGCCACCUUUGCAGCACUUUUCGAUGAUCAUCCCAUACUCCCCCUGGCAGAGGACCUCCCCAUUGCUGCCACAUCCAUUGCUGCUGAACUUGCUCACUUGGGCAUUGCCAAGGCAGUCCCCAAACACAUUGCACCCGCAGCCACCUGGAAGCUCUGUGCCUCUGCCUUGGGCGGCGAGACGCUCACCGCCCACUUUCGACAGGGCACAUACGCCACUCUUGACGCGGACUGGAAGGCUCUAGCCGGUAGCUUGCAUACCCAGCUUCUACACUCCCUUGCGCCCUUGAUGCAGUGCAUGCCACAGUUUGCUUAUGCCAGCCAACGCGGUACGGCUAAUGCAAUUGCCAAAGCUCACCAUCAUUUUGAGCUCGUGGCUGAUCUUCUGGGACAUGCCCGAGUUACUCGCUUUCAGCAUCAGGCUGGUAAAGUCAGACGCGCCUGCACUGGUGGUAUCGGUCUCUCUUUGGAUCUUUCUAAAGCUUUCGAUGGCGUUAACCGCUCACGUAUCUACGAGGCCAUGCAAAGCCGCGGUGUUCCAGCUUCCGUCAUCACCCUCGUCCAACAACUUCACCACCAUGCCAAGUAUGUUUAUCGUGUUGGCACGUGCACUGGCUCCACUCUUACCUCCAACGGGAUAAAACAAGGCUGCGUCAUUGCUCCAUAUCUUUGGAACUAUUUUUCGCUUGCCUUUCUUCUUCUCCUGCAGGAACAACGUGACCUCGCCUGGAUUCAGAACCUCCUCUCGCUCUUCGCCGAUGAUGUAUGGGGUGCCUGGCUCAUCGAAUCCUCCACCGACUUUCAUGCUGCAAUUUCAGACAUUCAGCUGAUACUCGAAACCCUUGAAACCCUGGAUAUGACUAUCAACUUUGACAAAACGGCUAUCCUUCUUAAAUUGGUUGGAAAGGACGCCAAACAGCUUCGACGAGAUCAUCUCUUCCAGAAGGCUGGGCAGUCCUUCCUUCGGGUCCAUGUUCAUGGACGUGAGCAGGGUAUCCCCGUCAAAGACCAGCAUAUCUAUUUGGGUACCGUGGUCACAUACACACGCCGCCUCGAGCGCAACAUGCAGCAUAGACUGCAGGCGGCCCGCACCAACUAUCAGGGCCUCCGUAAGCUCCUUAACGGCUCCCAUCACCUGGGCGUCUCCCACCGCAUUCGCCUCUGGGUUGCCUGCAUUUGCUCUAGUGCCCUGUACUCUCAGCAUGUUGUAGGGGUCACCGAUAAGGUGGACUAUUCAACAAGCCUUGCUACGGCAUCAGUCUCAGCCAUCCUGCAUACUGUGGCACAGUCCAUGGCCCAAGAAUCUUCUCAGGCGACGGUGAGUGCGCCCAUUCGUGAGCCGCCUACGGCGCAUCUUGCCAUCUUGGAGGGUGAAAAUGUUACGAUGUUCGGGGAUCAGCUGAACAUGGGAGCCUAUGCCAACGAGGAAGCCGAGAUCUUCGCGGCCUACUGGACGCUCGCAGAAGCGCCCCCGGCCGGAGCAGCAGCGCUGGAAUGCACCGUCCCACAUGGGUCCCAGACCGGGGAUGGGGGGAAUGGGAAUGGGUCUGGGGCCGGGGCGUGGACAGUCAUCAGUCGACUUCGUCACGACAAAAAUUUUGUCAUCUUUAUGCGCAACGAUGCCAACGGCGCCCUGGCCGAGCAGCUCACCUCUCCAUUGCGCACCGUCCUGAUUGCGUGCAUGAUCAGGGAACUCAUGAACCAGGCCCAGCAGGCGGUGGCAACCGAGGACUCUCGAGCCAAACACCUCGCCAGCGAAUGGUUGAACCAAGAGGGCAAUUGGAACUAUCGUCGGUGGAACCCGGCAGAGAAACGGCUCGAGCUCGACAAGAAGCGCACACCCCUUCAGCAUACGGAGGCCAUCCGGCUCUUGAACUUCCUGUUGAAGGAGAUGACCGGGGACAUAAUCCAAAGGUUCGCUGCCUCCAAGACCCUAGCCUUCCUCGAAAAGCAGGGCGCGCAGGUCGCAACCUUUCAUCUGGAGAUCUCUUUACGAGGUUCCCGGGCGCUCGAAGUGUACGAAGCUCUGGGCCGCCUCACCAGCUGCUCAUUGACCAAUCUCAUAGGGGUCUCGAUGAAACGGGACACCCUUCCUCGUUCCAUGAUGGCAAGGAGGCUAGCGGACCAGGUUGCACCGGCGGAGCUGUUGCUCCGGCUACAGGUCUUUUGGGAGAAAUCAGGGCGUGCCCAUCGGGCACUGCGCCUGAUGGGUUUCAAACUUCUGGGUUGGUCCGCACCCGAACAACAGCACGAUGUUACGGAACUCAUUGAUUUUCUGCACGGGCGUCUGGCCUCUGUCAUCAUCAAUGCUGUCAUUGAGGAACUCAUCCAAGCCUGGCAUGCAACGCAGCAGGCGGGCAUCACAGCCUACAAUGCUGCACCAGGCACUACACCUCGGCCAUCUGUGAGACCACUGGCCGAUUUUGGCUUUUGGAUGAUGAAAAAGCUCCGACUGAGCUCACUGAUUGCCAGCUUGAUCAUGUCAGUAACAAUGUGUGUGUCAUCACUGUUGUGCACUCAGCUCUUUGUGCCCAACCGUUAUCGGCAGCUCUUCGUGCAAGCCAUGGAUCCCCAGCGUCAACGACGCACCCUCCGGGAGGAGGAUCUGGACUGGAUGGCGAGCCGCGUCAGCCUUUUGCAGAUGCAAAUCAAUGGCCUGGCGGAAGGUCUCGAAGCUAUCCAGCAGGCCCUGUCUCGAUUGGCAGGCCAGGUGCACGGCCUCGAGGAGCGCGUCCCGAGGCGAACAGCUGCUCGAAACAAAUGUCACAAGAUUGUCAUGACCUUUGAGUCCCUCGAAACCAUGGACGAUUGA